AUGGAGGAUUUGAAAUCAACAGAAGCAGUAUCUCCUCCUCCAGAAGACCCUAGUGUGACCUCAAAUGUUAGUGGCAAUGUUGGAAUAACAAUAACGCCUGAGUUGCAGCAACCAGAGAAUAAUGAAGCAAUCAUUCAACAAUCUCUAGGUGAAGAAGAUUCAGCUGAAAAUGGGAAAAUUUAUCUGGAUGACACUUUUUUGCCCUCCACUUUAUCAAACUCUCAAGUUGAAGAAACACAAGAUGCUUCUUCUACUCCUACUACUCCUACUUCUGUCUCUGAGAUUGUCCUGCCUCGCGUAAAGAUCGGAAAUGGAUCAGAGGGCACAACAACAACAAGAAACGGAGUGUCUCCAAGAUAUCUUUCUUCCCCAAGAAGCAUUGGAUCUCCAAGAGCACUCAUCUCUCCAAGAUUCGGAGGAUCAUUAUCACCACUGAGCAAUGGAACACCGAAAUCUCUGCAUUGUUAUAGGGACUCAAUUGAUACAGCAUCACCUUUUGAAUCUGUUAAAGAAGCUGUCUCCAAAUUUGGUGGAAUUACUGACUGGAAAGCUCAUAGAAUGAAAGUAUUAGAGCGACGCAAGUUUGUGGAACAAGAGCUUGAAAGAAUCGAGGAUGAUAUGCCUGAAUGCAAGAAAAAAUAUGAGAUGGUGGAGCUGUCAAAAUCGCUAGCGAUUGAGGAGUUAGAGAGCACAAAGAGACUCAUAGAAGAGUUGAAGCUUAAUCUUGAAAAGGCAGAGACAGAAGAACAACAGGCAAAACAGGACUCAGAGCUUGCAAAGCUGAGAGUUGAGGAGAUGGAACAAGGGAUUGCUGAUGAAGCUAGUGUUGCAGCUAAAGCACAGCUUGAAGUGGCUCAAGCAAGACAUACAUCUGCCAUUUCAGAAUUGGAAUCUGUCAAGGAAGAGCUAAAAACUCUGGAAAAGGAGUAUGAUGAUUUGGUAAAAGAUAAAGACUUGGCUGUGAAGGAAGCUGAGGAAGCAGUCUUGGCUUCUAAAAAAGUUGAGAAGAAAGUUGAAGAGCUCACUAUAGAGUUGAUAUCUACAAAGGAGUCACGGGAAUGUGCUCAUUCCUCUCAUUUGGAAGCGGAAGAACAUAAGUUUGGAGCAGCCAUGUUGCGUGAUCAGGAAACUUACCGGUGGGAGAAGGAACUAAAGCAAGCAGAGGAAGAGAUCCAAAAGCUUAAGCAACAUAUAGUUUCUACAAAGGAACUUAAACAGAAACUUGACUUUUCCUCAGCAUUGCUUCUUGAUUUGAAGAAAGAAUUGGCAGAGCAUAUGGAAUCAUCAUCAUCCAAGGUGAAGGAGGAAACAGGCGACUCUAAAGCAAACAGUGAGAUCUUGAUCUCAUUACAAGACAAAUCUCAUACAGACAUACAAACAGCUGUUGCUUCUGCAAAGAAGGAGCUCGAAGAAGUCAAUGUGAAUAUCGAGAAAGCAACUUCUGAAGUGAAGUGCUUAAAGGUAGCUUCCUCUUCCUUGAAGCUGGAGCUUGAGAAGGAGAAAUCAGCACUUGACUCUAUCAAAAAAUUAGAAGGGAAAGCAUCGAUAGCGGUUGCUUCUCUAGAAGCUGAGAUAGACAUAACGAGGUUCGAGAUAGCUCUUGUUGAGUCCAGGGAGAAAGAAGCCAGAGAGGAAAUGGUGGAGCUACCAAAGCAGCUGCAGCAAGCAACUCAAGAGGCUGAUGAAGCGAAGUCAUUCGCUGAACUUGCUCGUGAAGAGCUGAGGAAGUCUCAAGAAGAGGCAGAGCAAGCAAAGGCUGUGGGAAAUGCAAUGGAGAGCAGAUUAUUUGCAGCUCAGAAAGAGAUUGAAGCUGCUAAAGCUUCAGAGAGAUUGGCAUUAGCUGCCAUCAAGGCCUUGCAAGAGAGCGAAUCUGCUUUGAAGGACAACAGUGUUGAUACUCCCAGAAGCGUGACACUGACGAUAGAUGAGUACUAUGAGCUUAGCAAGCGAGCUCAUGAGGCUGAAGAAGCAGCCAACGCAAAGGUUGCAGCAGCGGUUUCUGAGAUAGAGGGAGCCAAAGAGACGGAGAAGAGAAGCUUGGAGAAGUUGGAAGAAGUAAACAGAGAGAUGGUUGCGAGAAAGGAAACACUUGCUGAAGCAGUUGAGAAGGCUGAGAAGGCUAAAGAAGGGAAGUUGGGUGUAGAACAAGAGCUGAGAAAAUGGAGGGAAGAACAUAAGAGAAAGAGUGGUGAUAAUGGUGUGAGCACAGAGAAAAACCAAGAGAGAAGCGUUAAAGGGUCGAAGGAGAAAGAAGCUGCAUCUAAUGAGUUAGAUGGAACAGAAACAAACCCAACCACACAGGCAAAUCCUGCAAAGAAAAAGAAGAAACUCUUUCCAAGAUUUUUCAUGUUCUUGAUGAGGAAGAAGUCACAUAAGUGA